AUGGGAGCCCAAUUAUCUCGUCUGGCAGCUCUUGUCUGGGGAAAGAAGGAGACGAGAAUCCUGAUCCUUGGUCUCGAUAACGCUGGAAAGACCACUCUUCUUUACAGACUAAAGAUCGGUGAAGUUGUCACUACCAUUCCUACCAUCGGCUUCAACGUCGAGUCCGUGACAUAUAAAAACCUACAUUUAAAUGUCUGGGAUCUUGGUGGUCAAACAUCGAUCCGUCCAUACUGGCGUUGUUACUACGCCAACACAGCGGCAGUCAUUUUCGUCAUUGACUCUACGGAUAUUGAACGACUGGGAACCGCGGGAGACGAGCUGGCGGCCAUGCUGAAUGAAGAGGAACUUCGUGACGCAUCUCUGCUGGUAUUUGCCAAUAAGCAGGAUCAACCCGGUGCUAAAGGCGCGGGUGAGAUCUCAGAAGCCUUGAAAUUAGGAGAGCUACGUGAUCGGAACUGGAGUAUUGUCGCCUGCUCUGCCAUUGAUGGCAAGGGUAUCGGAGAGGGCAUGGACUGGCUUGUGCAAACCAUUCAAGCCGAAAACCAAUGA